AUGGGAAAGCAGGUGCCAGGCGAUUUCGUCUCCCCCUUUUCAUUUCCAUCCACCACCUAUGCAAACGUAUUGCUCAAGGACGUGUUGGACCAACGCCUUCCCCCUCCUCUUCGUUCCCAUCCACCACCUAUGAGUACUAUCGUAACUAUUAUUGCAAGGCUAUCAAUUGCUUGCAGACAUCCCCAUCCACAAUCGAGGCCAACAAUGCUAAUGGUUUGUCAGGCGUUAUCGUUCCAAACUGCUUCUCCCUAUAGAGGACCAGACGAUGUUACACUGGAACAACUCAUUACGUUCUGA